AUGAGGUUUUGGAAGCUGUUGGUGCUCGCACCAAACUGCAUCUCCCUGACUGCAGCACAACUCGACACUGCUGAUCCGUUGGAAAUUUUUGCGUCCGAAAUAUACUCGGUCUAUACGGAAGCUACAUCAAUCCUGGCCUCUGCUGCAUCCGUCGCUUCAGCCGCUCUAGUCUCAACCUCAACACACUUCGAGACUUCGACAACCUCCUCCAGCUCAGAGGCGUCUAGCACAGCCAAAGAAUCAGUCACCAACCCGGAAGCCAGUGCAGACACAAUCUCGACGUCGCAAUCUUCGCCACUGACCUCGUUGUUGGUGGUCACUUCCCAGGCCGUAUCGCUCCAGCAUUCUCAAACCUCAUCCUCAACGUCCUCCAGAUCAUCCUCCUCGAGUGCUGUGUCUACACUGAUUAUCCCUACCUCGGCGCUGAAAACCUCGUCGGUGUUAGGCGCUGUUGCUGCAACCGGUACCGCGGAUCCAUCGACGUCAGGAUCCAGCAGCCACAGCAAAAACUUGGCCAUCAUCCUCGGCUCUGUCUUGGGCGCUCUAGUUAUGGGUAUGUCCAUCCUGACAGGUGUACUAUGCUACAAGAGGCGUCGACAUAGGCAAUCUCCCCGGCACAGAGCUCUGCCUAUCGAUGACGAUGAGCUCGAAAGCUGGAGACUACCCCAACCCCCUAUUGCUGGAAAUAGAGACACUUCCUUCCAAGGCCAAGGUAUUGCUGGAGCCGCUCCUCUCAUGUCUGAACAUCCAGCAUUUCGUAACAGUGGAGAGCAAGAGAAUCCAUUCGUCCCCGUUGUGCCACCACCUAGGCGAACUGCUCCAAGCGCCAGAGCCGGGUCUAUUAAUCGGACAGUACCAGGCAACGAUCACUUCGUGUUGGGGAAAGAGACCGCAGUCCCGGCGAACGCAAGAAGUCAGUUUUCGGAUGUUCAUGCACCCAAAGCCGAAACUCUCGCCGCACGUCUAGCCGUUGCAGCGGCAAGGGAAGACUCCUCGUAUCACCGAAGAGAAUCCGAUACAGAUGAAGUGCUGGAUGAGAAACCUGCCUCGGAAGCUGAGCCGCGAUACAAAAUCAGCAGGAAACCUGUCCCGGUCAAUCACAUCAACAACGGCGAACCAUGGCCGUACUCUCCCGUCUCGCCUAUUGAUCUGAACCUCGAGGCGUCAGUUUUAGGAAACAUCCCUCCAGUGCGCGGAAGUGGUGAGCACCGCCGAAGCUUCAGUCGCGAUGCAGCCAGAGCCAAUGCAGCCUUUGACAAUGAAUACAAUCCUCCCGAUGCUGCACAUGGACAGGAUGGCGCAAUGUCAGCUGGGAUGGCAGGCUUUGCUGCCGCGGCAACUGGAAGUGGAGCUCUAGUACAUGGCCGCAAUAGUCGCCAGGUUGAGACCAGCACCGGCGGCAGGGACAGUCCUCAGCGCAGCCGGAGCCCACAGCGGCCACCAGUCAUGCCGCACACUGAACGCUCCGAGCCGCGUAGCUCUCCUGGAGCCUCGAGAAACAUCCACGGAUCAAGUGACGCAUCUACUCGAAUUGCGCAAUCCCCAGAGCGGUCAGACACCUGGAAGAAUGCGCCUCAACGAGCUGCUGUGCCCCCCGCCCAACCUCCGCAAAAUGGCUAUCAGGAUUCCCCAAGGACAACAAGGACAACGACAACAACACCGCCUCCCCGUAAUGAUCGACGAAACAGUGCCCUAGGAGGUACAGCUCCCGUCGGCGUCAGCACGGGAUCCGGACAUAUCAAUCGGCCGACCGUACCGAGCCCGCUGUCCAGCGAGGUCCGGCGCGAUCGAUCACACUCCCCCGCCCGGGUAGGCAGCAGCAAAGUGGAAAGAUCAAAUCGAAGCCCCCGCCGCCGCAGCGGAAGUAGGUAUAGCUACAGCCAUACCUACAACGCCACUCCGCAAACUGACUAUGAGCCAUACCCCGUCGACUUGGCCGGCGUUCCAGGCGGGAAGCGAGACUCUUACUUACCUACGCCUGACGAGAUCCCAUCGCUUCAGGGCAAUCUAGGUAAAGGAAUUGUCGGCGACAGCCGAUAUCCGCGCGUGAGAGUCCCUCGGCGCAUGAGCGGUGCUGAGGAUGAAUAUGAUUCCCUACCGGCAGGCCCUAGCACUUCUAUGUCCCAAUCACUGGGUCGGGACACCGCUGGUAGGAGCACCAUGAACAGCGAUGACUCGACGUGGCGGCUUUCCUCGGGCAUGCCGGCGGGGUGGCAGCGUACGAGGACGAGUGGUGAUGGUGGUGGUGGUGGUGGUGGUGGUGGCAGCCGCCCUCGAACACAUGGCGGCGGAUAUAUGCGAGAUUCGGGACUUGGUGGCAUUCCCGGGCGCAAGAGGCCACGGGCGAGCGAUUUUACAGGGGACCAGGACAGAAGGUACCAGGAACUGGGUGUUGGACAGGCUCUCUAG